CCAGGCACAGUCCAGAAAAAAAUUUAAUCUUCUUUUCUUAGAACUAUCUUGGUUGGUUGGCAUCUCCAGGCCCUGAGAGCACAGUACAUGCCAGCAUUGAAGGCAUUGAAGAUUUUACUUUUCAAAAUGAAGGACCUGAUGCUGAUCCUGUGCCUCCUAGAAUUGAGUUCUGCAGUGCCGAUGUUUCCUCAACAACCUGGGACUCCAGGCAUGGCUAGUUUGAGUCUUGAGACAAUGAGACAGUUGGGAAGCUUGCAGGGAUUAAACAUGCUUUCUCAGUAUUCACGAUUUGGUAUUGGGAAGUCAUUUAAUUCCUUGUGGAUGCAAGGCCUCCUCCCACCGCAUUCUUCUUUCCCGUGGAUGAGACCAAGGGAACAUGAAACUCAACAGUAUGAAUAUUCUUUGCCUGUGCAUCCCCCACCUCUCCCAUCGCAGACAUCCCUGCAGCCUCAACAGCCAGGCCAGAAGCCUUUCCUCCUGCCCACCGUUGCAACUGCCAUCCAGAACACUGCGCAGAAGGGAGGACCUCAGCCUCCAGUGUACCAAGGACAUCCGCCCUUGCAGCAAGCAGAGGAACCAAUGAUUCAACAGCAGGUGGCACCAUCAGAUACGCCACCAAAGGCCAAGCUUCCAGAAGUGGACUUUCCUGAAUUACAAGGUCCAUCUUUAUUCCCAAUAGCCCGUUUGAUAGCUCGGGGACCAGUGCCACAAAAUAAACCAUCUUCGCUUUAUCCAGGAAUGUUUUUCAUGUCUUACGGAGCAAAUCAAUUGAAUGCUCCUGCCAGACUUGGCAUCAUGAGCUCAGAAGAAAUGGCGGGAGGAAGAGGAGGCCCCAUGGCUUAUGAAGCCAUGUUCCCAGGAUUUGGAGGCAUGAGACCCAGCCUCAGGGGGAUGCCCCACAACCCAGCCAUGGGUGGAGACUUUACUCUGGAAUUUGACACCCCAGUUGCUGCAACCAAAGGCCCUGAGAAGGGAGAAGGUGGUACACAAGGCUCUCCCAUGCCCGAGGCCAACCUUGUUAAUCCCGAAAACCCACCUCUCCUUUCAGAGGUAGCACUUGGUGCCCUAGGGGGGCUUCUUGCUCCCCCUAAAGGCAGUGUUCCCAGCCUGGUAAAAGGCCCUGCAGGGCAGAGUUGGGGAACACCCAAGGUCACCCCAGCAGCAGCUGACCCAUUGAUGACUCCUGGAUUAGCUGAAGUUUAUGAGACCUACGGUGCUGACAUGACCACACCACUGGGUCUCCAGGAAGAAUCAACCACAGAUGCCACUGUGUCCCCAGACACUCAGCAAACAUCGCUGCCAGCAAACAAGGCCCAGGAGCCCCAGGUUAUGCAUGAUGCCUGGCAUUUCCAGGAGCCCUGAGAGCUCUGAAAUGUCAGCUACUUUCUGUAUGCACAGGCGCCCCUGCUUUGUCCCCAUAGGAUAUCUUUUUGCUAAAAUACUUUUUAUGCUUCUGCAGCAACGGCAGUAAAAGCACUAAUCAUAUAUUAAUAAAUACAAGUGGUUAGAAAUAGUCUAGGUACCCUUCUUGCUUUCCUUCUCUUAUUGAAAUAAAAUGUGUUACCUGUCUCUGUGAUUUAGAAAUACUAUUACUAUCAUCAGACAGAGUCUAAGUGUCUCUGCAUUUGAAAAUCACUGUUUCUUAGCUCUCUUAAGCAUUAUAGAAUUUCUCUUACUGACAUGACACUGUUAUAUGCAGGAACUGUGAUGCUGCUUUGGAAAUUUUUCUCUAAGCAAGGCACAUAUUCUCAGAAAUAUAAGCUAUUUCAUUGAAACAUUAUUAACAGGAAUUGGUGGACAAUCCCUGACUGGUACUUUGGAUUUAAAAUUCUCAU